AUGUCUGCACGCUUGGGCGUCUUGUCGACAAUACUCGUGUGCGUUAUAACCUUUGGUGAAGGUGUCUUGGACCGUACUCUGUUGAGGAUAUCUCAUCGUGGAGCUCCCCUGGACAUUCGUCUCGUACCGAAGAUGCUGGCGCAGGCCACCGCUGCCUCUGAUAGAGUGGUGUAUCCUCUCAGCGUUGACGAUCUUGAGUGCGAACGAUGCUUCGCCCAGGAUGGCGCGAUCUUGGACUUGAAGGCUGUGGGCAUCCAAAUCGUGGAAUCCACAUGCUCGGUUGGUCACAGUCAAAUUCUAGGCUACUUGCAAAAGGCUAAAACCAUGCUUGACAUCGAUUUCGACUGCGAUCCUGACUAUGAG